AAAUUGCGAUCUUUGCAUCUUGACGGGAACCUUUGAAUAUAUAUAGUUUCGCAAGGGUGCGGGGAGGUGCUGCGAUCGCCAGUGAAACAUACUCUCUUGAGUUAGUUUUCCAACAUUGAUCCAUCAACAAAUAGGCAAAAGGCGGUCGGUCGAACCUAGAAUGACUAGUAUCGGUGGCAUUUUGCGGGGGUUUUCUUCGUGCCUUCCAGCCCCCCCUCCGGUAAUAAUGACACGGCAAAUAAGAUCCAUUUCUGCGCCAUUGCCUCUGUUAAUUUAUUCACGUAUCACCCCGGCCACCUUUCCCCCUCCGUGGUCCAGAUCCUGCUGCGCUCUCCAUAACUCGUCGAGACUCGCUGCUUAGAACAAGAAUACCUCACACGUUUGAAGCUG